AUGCGUGCUCACACCCAGGCGGACGACUACGGUCGCGUCUACACUGUCUCACACCUCCCCUCCUGCGCUGUCCUGCCGACGGGGUCUCCUCCGUAUGCGCCUCCCCGCGUCGUGCAGGCCUUCAAGGAUCCCCUUGCCGGCACGCAGGUUCCCUUCAACUCGAAGAACGACCCGUCCGUGCACCGCAUCGUGAAGGCCCGCCGCUUCGCCUCCCAGUCGAACCUCAUCCCCCUCGACUGCAAUAGCAACGCAAGGCACAUCCAGGUCCCCAUGCCCUCCAAGACCCUGACCCAUGCGAUGGCGAAGCGCAUCGACCCGUCACUCGCAGACACAAAGAGGCGCACCGCAAAGAUGGAAGAGGCCAAGAUGCGCAUGCGCACGAAGAAGUGA